CCUGCCCAUGGCAGGGGGUGGAACUGGCUGAUCUUUAAGGUCCCUUCCAUCCCAAACAAUUCUGUGGGUCUGUAAUCUGCCAAGUCUCUUUUGUGGGGUUCAGAGCAGCACCAUGACAUAGCCUGUGUUUCCAGAUGAGAGUGACUCCCUGCUCCUUGCCUUUCUCAAGCAUUAGAACAGGUCUCCCUUGGUAAUUUGUACUUUUAGUAAACUCUGGUUGGAAGCAAUAGCAAUCAUAGGACCAAAGAGCAAAAGCUGCACAGUCUAGAAACCCUCAGGAUUGUUUUACUGCUGGUACUUGCUAUUGAUAAUGAUUUUGUGGCAAUCACCACUAAACUAUGCUGAAGACAGACAGGUUUUUCACUGGUUAAUAUAUUUUUAAAUCUCUGAUGGGGUUAUCUGAGCUGUCACACAUUCUACAUGACUGAGUUCCUUAUUACUGUGCCUGUCAUUCAUGUCCCUUUUUUCUUGCCAAGUCAUUGAAUGAAAAACCCAAUUCACUUUGGCACUAAGAGCUCCCCUAAUACUAUUUCAGUGAAGGAGCAAUGUUGGGGGUUAUUUUUCUACUGAGUUCUUGCUGAAAGUGGAAGCCCUGAGGCUUUUGUGUGCAGUCCCUGCAGAGCUGCCCCCACAGUUGUGCUGACAUUCAUCAAAGGACACCCAUUCCUGGAGUGUAAAAGUAGCACAUUGCUGAGGACAUCUCUCCAUCUGCCAGCCGUGCUAGUGAACACCUGCAACAGCACCACUGGGAAUACUUCAGAGGGAAGGUUUUUAAAAAAUAAAAUAUAUUUCAUGGUAUUUAAAAAAAAAUAAAAAUUCAGUUUAUGUGAACAAUGAAAUAGUUUGCCCGAAAUUAAAUCUGUGAAAAUUCACUGCAGGUGAUUAUUUUUUCACCAGGGUAAAAAACAUUUGAUGGAAAAGUUUUAUGUCUGUAAUUCUGAGUCUUAUACAUCAAUAUAAAUAACUAAACAAACAUAGUACUUAACUUAAACUACCAGAUGGAUAUAAUAAAAUCUAGUCCCAUCUACAUGUGACAGAUAGAAAGGACUGGUCUGAUUUAUCACUUCCAUUGAUUCACACAGAUAAAUCAUUGAACCUUUUUUAGGACUGGGGCACCAAAAAUAUAGAAAUGAAACCUGAUGGUUCAUGAACAAUUAGAAAAUUUCAAGGAAAGGUGUUUAUAGGAAGCUCUACAAGAAAAAGAAAUAACAAAAAGAAGUGUGUAAAGAUCACUAUAAUUGUAAAGUCCACACUAAUUGUCUCCCUGACCCUGGGUCAGCAAAAAACCCAAUAUGCUACCAAAGAUCAGUCAAACCCUCUUCUAAAUUAGAUUGCCCUUCUAACCCCCUGACCCCACAAAUUCAAAACCUUCAUCCUAAGUCACCUUUCCCAAAAAUAUUUGUUUAAAUUCUUCCAUGGUUUCCAUAAAUCAUAAAAACACAGUAGCUGUCCAGCAGCAUCAGCAUGUGAUGCCUUUCAAUGAAAAACUCCCAGCACAUGAUCUGCCUAAUUCCUAAAGCUGCUUUGAAAAGCUAAUCUUUGGUGCUUUACCCUUCUAAAAGGUUUGUCAUGGAUCUGGUGACAGACACAAUGCCAUGGUAUGAGAAAUGGUGCUACCUUCUAGUUUAUUUGGAGUUUGCUCAUAAUCUGUGCCCAGUGGGGAAAGAAGAGGAUAUAUCCACACUCCAGGUGGCCCCAGGUGACCAAGCUGAACCCCAUCACUUGGCUUUGGGCUGUUUCUUGGAGGGCGGGGGUCCAGGGUCCUGGUUUUGCAUAGGUCCCCCCACAUGGGACUGAAUCACUGCAACUCUCUGCAUUUUCCCUUGGUGCAGUUGCUGGAGAUCGCUUGGUAUCUCUCCAAACACCCCUCCAAAUAUUCUGCUGCCAUUAAAAGCAGGAAAUGUGACUCCCCCAGGGACACAGGCUGGAUAUGAGGGGAUGGCUCCAGCUGAGUUUUCCCUGCUGUGAGUGAGUGAGUGAGUAUGAGUGAGUGAGUGAUGUUCCCACUGUUCUCUGCCCCCUCAUUUGGUGCUCAGGACCUAUUUUGAGCACACAAAGGGCUCGCUGUCAGCCCCUUGUGCUGCUCUGAAGGAGUGCUCCAAACAUGCUGCUUUCCAGCCGUGAUCCCUCCUCUUCUACUCUCUGCAAAGCUGUCCUGGCGUGUCCUGAAGAAACCUGCAGAAGAAAUGCUGGCCCGCUUCCCACUUGGCCGGGCCGGGCACUAAAGGUUCACUCCUGUGGAAUCCCAGGAACCUUCUGCAUUCCUUUCCCUCUUCGUUCCAGUCCCCUAAUCUGAUAAACAGUGUAGGGAGAGGCAAGAGAGGGAGGGGGAGGAAUAUGUGACAUAACCUCUUAUUCGGGCAAAAUUGCACGACAACCCUGCGGUGCCUGCGCAUCGCAGCGUGGUUUUGGUGGCCGCCGCUGGGAGACUGAGGAAGAAGAAGGUCUGAAGAUCCACCAGGGCUGUGGGAGACCUGGCAGGGGAUGCACACACCUCCCUUGUGGAGAGGAAAGCCGAGCACAGCCUGCAGCUCCUUGUUUUGCCAGCUCCACGGGAUACACCUGGAGAAAAGGAUGUUCGGAUGCGCUGCUGCGGAGAUGAAACUGGGAGGAAGAUGUCCCUGGAGAGAACUGGAUCAGAACUUGGGAUGGCUUCAACUUGGCAGAAAACUCAGGAAUUCUACAACUGGAUUCUUGAAAGUGGAGAUCCAAGGACAGACUCGUGGCCACUGGUCUACUCCCCACUUCCAGUCACCCUGGUCUUCACCUCCUACCUCUUCAUGGUGGCGUUGGGGCCAUCCUGCAUGCGGCGGCGGCGGCGGCUGGAGCUACGGGCUCCGCUGCUCGCCUACAACCUGGCCAUGGUGGCACUCUCCAGCUACAUGUUCUAUGAGUUUCUGGUCACUUCAGUCUUGGCCAACUACAGCUACCUGUGCCAGCCAGUGGAUUACAGCCGGAGUGAGCUGGGAAUGAGGAUGGCAAGAGUGUGUUGGUGGUUCUUCUUCUCCAAAGUCAUCGAGCUGCUGGAUACGGUUUUCUUAAUUCUGCGCAAGAAACAAGAGCAGGUGACUUUUCUGCACGUGUACCAUCAUGGCUCUAUGCUCUUCAACUGGUGGUCAGGGGUCAAAUACGUGCCUGGAGGACAAGCCUUCUUUGUUGGGAUGCUGAACUCCUUUGUCCACAUCUUCAUGUACGGCUACUACGCCCUCGCCAGCCUGGGACCACGGAUGCGCCAGCACCUCUGGUGGAAGCGUUACCUGACCAUCCUGCAGCUGGUAAUUAGCUCCAGGAGUUCAGCCAUGCCCUCCCACGGCUCAGUGCCAGUUUGUGGCCAUUGCUGCUCAUUCUUCCUACAACCUCUUCACGGAGUGCCCGUUCCCUGACGGCUUCAACACCGCAGUCUUCCUCUACAUCCUCAGCCUCCUGGCUCUCUUCCUACGCUUCUACUAUCACACCUAUGUCAGGGGAAAGCAGGAAAAGCUGACUUGAUGGAAAUCAAAGAGGACAGAGAGCACAGCCUGAUGAACAUGGGCGUUCUCUGCUGCUUGUGAUGUGGUUUCAGGAAGAAAAUGUAUCUGGGAAGUGUGUGUGAGGCUCAUGUCUUGUCUUCAAAUAUCCCUGGUGAGGGAGAAGAAAGGAAUGAUGUAAACUCAGAGAUUAAGGAACUGAGGAGCACACUUAAUUAAGAUGAGGCCAAGCUAGGCCAAGUAAUCACCAGCAAAGCAGGCUUUGGGACAUUUGCAAGACAAGGUCUUUUUCCUGUCCAUCUUUAACUUGGUGUCCAAGGUCUAGCAGCCAGCUACAACUCCCUGCUUCAUUUCUUAGGCUGUAGAGGGUUUCUUUGCAUCCACAGAAUUAUCUCAGCUUGGUGUUGUAGGUCAGGCAGGGUCACGUGCCUCCAGCCUGGAGAUCAAUGUCCAGGUAGCAGCAGCAGCCAGGAAUCCAUAGGGACUGCAGGUGGGACCUGCAUCCCACCCUGUCCUGCUAAGGAAGCUCCUACUAGGCCUGGGGUGGUCCUGAUGGUUUAACUUCUUAUCAGUAUAAGCAGCAAGGAAAUUGAACAUUAGUGGACAUUAGGUUGUCUGGCUGGGCAGGUAUCUUCACUGUCCUGAAACUAAAGAAAGUAUUAUUAGCAUUUUCAUGCUAAUAAGAAACCAGUGCAGUAAGUCACCAUGUCCCAUUUUCUGGAAUGCUUAUUUCCCUUUGGUUGCUCUCAUACCAAUAGAGUAUUUUAAUGCAGGAAGAUACUUGGUAUUUCUCCUUGUAGAUGCCAUAAUUGAACUAGAAAGAAUAGAUUGAUAUUCCCUAUUCGUAGAUUAUUUUUCUCCAAUUUGUUAUUAUUUUUAAUACCGUUAUUUUUAAAUUUUGCUUCUUGUCAAAGAGUUUACCAACACCAUAAGCAACCACCUCCACUACCUAAUUGUAUAAGAAUUAAUACAAAAUGUAUAAAAUCAAUUCAUUGGGUAGCACAAAGCUGCAUAGCUCCAUUGAUUUUAAGACAUCACUAACUGACUUAUUUUUCUUUUUUCUCCUAAAUCAAUUACAACUGGAAUUUGGCACUUAUAUUCAUCUGCAGAUUGUUAAAUACUGUUAAAAUUUUGAUGUGGUAGUACUUUGAAGAUCCUAAUUAAACUACCAAGUGGUAAUUACUGAUUGAAUCCUGCUCAGGUGAUUAAAACUGGUACUACAGAGCAGUGGUAUUUUGUGAAACACAAAGGCGUUGAAGGAGAGGGUUGGAAUUGGUGACAUGAUGCAGUGCCAUUGCCAAGCCAAAUCCACCUCAAAUAUAAGGAAGUCCAACUCCAUUGGGAAUGUCCAGAGGACUGGAGCUGGCCUGAACCUAGCAAAUGGAUCUAUCCCAAAAGACCUGUGUGCCCUACACCAAUCUGGAGUCGAGUGGCUACAAAAAAAUAAAUUCAACUUGUUCCUCACUGCUUUGUGUUCGUACCCCAAUCCUUUCCUUCAGUCCCUCCACACACAUAUGGAAGAUAUAACAAUAUUCUGGCAUUCCUCACCCUCCUGCCCUUCGCACACAGCCACAAAGGACAUGUUCACACUGUCACAAGGACACAUCAUAAAUGUCUUUUCUUUGAUUUGAGCAAAGAUUAUCUCUGAUUGUCACUGUUGAGUAUGAGAAUCACUGCAUCUGUGCUACUUGGUUUUCUUCAUGCCAACUACUUUUCCAUGCUAAUAAAUUAAUAAAUAGUGA